GGUCGAUUAGUUGCUAGUACUACGUCGACCCUCUAACUGGAUUGAAUAACUCGGAAUAUGUUGUUGGUGUCAAUGUGCUAACAUUUAGUUUUUUUGAACCCUUUUGAAGUUGCAAAUUUGCGGUAAUGACUUUCAGCAAUAAUAAAAAAGGGAAAAAUGAAAAAAAUCAUUAUAUUAAUCAAAUGUAUUGUACGUGCUUACGAGGGAUGGCCUUAGCAUUAAAAUAUAGAAAGGUUUGUCAGCCGCUAACCUACUUUUCUGCUCAUUCUCCAUCACUAUCUAUAAUAAUGCAAAGUAAAACAACGGUAUUGCGGAUUUGGACAAUCGGUAUACUCUUUGCUGUCAUUUGUCCAUUCCAUAUAGUUCAUUGCACCGAUCCGAAAUUUGAUACAUCAACAAGAAUGCGACUUGUUUUAGUACCGGCGGAUGCGCAAGUUGGAACUGUGAUUUAUCGAAUACGUGCCACGGACGAAGAGUUUGACUAUCCACUCACCUUUGAACUUAUAGGCGAUUCUGCAUCAGCUACUGUUAAAAUUGAUUCGCUUCCAUGCACCAAAUACAAUUCCGUUUGCCAAGCAAAUGUUGUGUUACAGCGACGUUUAGAACCGGGGCGCUACUAUGACUUCCAGGUAUCUGUAAAAGACACAAAAGGAGGAAUGGCUAGCCAACUGUGUUCUAUUACUGCUACUAAUUUCACAACACCACAUGACCUCAUAUUUCCACACAAGCCGGGGAUAAUAAUGAUUCCAGAGGAUGCAAAGCGUGGAACAGAAUUGGAUUACGUAAUUGCUCGAAAAAAUCCACUUUUUCAAAAACCAGUUUACCUUGAGUUAUGGGGCUCUCAACUUUUUGCCAUAAGACAAAAGAUUGUUUCAGUUGAAACUACAGAAGGUACCGUGUUUUUGCUAGGACCACUUGACUUCGAAAAACAAGCUAUGUACCAUUUAACCAUAUUGGCUAAU